UCAACCACACUGUUGAGAUUUUACUGUUAAAGGCCUGAAAAUAUUGAAAAUAAUAAAAAAAUUUCUGUCUUCUCAUUACUUCAAACAAAAAUUGUGUGAAAAAUAAUUCAAUUUGACAGUACUACGUUUCACGCCUCGAAAUCAUGGUGUAUAUUAUACAAAAUAAAGAAGACCUCGACAAGAAGCUCGAGGAAGCCGUAAGCUCCGGCCAGUUGGUGGUCAUUGACUUUUUUGCAAACUGGUGUGGACCAUGCAAGAUAAUAAGUCCAAAACUAGAAGAGUUGGCCACGCAAUAUGCGGAAAAGGCGAUUGUGUUGAAGGUCAAUGUGGAUGAUUGUGAAGAUAUUGCGCUCGAAUACAAUGUCACUAGCAUGCCAACAUUCGUUUUUAUCAAGGAUAAUCAUGUUAUUGAUGUAUUCGUAGGCGGUAACUCCGAGAAACUUGUCAAGAAUAUGGAAAAGUAUGUAGGUGAACCGAUACCGGUCGAGAAUAUGCCAGAAAUUGUUGAAACCGAACAAAUAGUGGAGGAAGAGCCAGUUCUUGACUAAGGAUUUAAUCAUAUUAGAUUUGUUUUCCUGAAAUCAAUAUACUUAUGAUGUUUUAAAUUAAAUUA